ACACAUCAGAGACGGACCAAAACGUAAAUGUAACGAGCAUGUGAGAGAUCUACACGUUUAUUAAAACUUUUGACUUCUUCUCCUUCGUGUUUUAAAGUUUUGGCUUGUUCUUUUUUUUCAUCUUCUUCUUCAUGUUGAAAUCCUAUUCUCAAGCGCUCUGAAACAGAAAAAUGGAGAAAAAAAUCGGCAUUGUGCUCUUCCUUUUUGUUCUUCUCCUUCUUCAGUUUUCUGAACUUCGUACAGCUCAACGACCUUCCCAAGUGGAUAAAGAAGUAGAAGAAAAAGGAGUCAAUAACAAUAAUUGGGCCUGGACUACACAAGCAGAUAAGGCAUCUGACAUGGCCCAAGAGUUAUCACAUCUUAUGGGAGAAGAGAAAUGCGAGGAGAGUGAUGAAGAGUGUAUGAAGAGAAGGAUGAUCACUGAAUCUCACUUGGACUACAUCUACACUCAAAGCCACAACAAACCUUAAUUACCACCCACCUUUUGUCAUUCGUCAGGAGGUACUAAGUAUGAAUAAUCCAACACCAUAGUGUUUUAAGAAGUAAAAAGAAAUAUUUAUAAGAUUGUAUUGUGAUAACAAUGGUUGUAUGAUUAUGGGGACUUUUAUCUAUAUUUAUAUAAACUAGUACAGUACAUAUCAGGGAUCCCUUCUUGUCAAUUUUAACUUAUGUGAAUAAUGAUCACCAAGUUUGAAUAA